UUGGAAAUCGAAUUAGUAGACAAAAGUUAGUCGAAAUGCGUAUUUUGAUCGCGACUCUUGUAGUGCUUGCCAUGGCGGUUUGCGCCACUCUAGGAUGUGAAUCUGAUCCAUUUUCCAACUUCGAUGACAUUCUUGAAGUUGAUAACGAUCUUGAUGAAACUGAGUUAGACGUGGAUGACGAUGUACUCCCUUUUAAUUCGGAGACCAUUUUUGAUGAUUCCGAAACUGCCUCCGAAGUCGAAGGUGCUGGAAUGCUCAAUGGAGCUUUGAUUAAAGUCACCACAGAUAUGUUCAACUUAGCUAAUCAUCUGAGUUUCACAAUUGCUGGAUUUAUAAAUAAACUUAAAGAUCCUGCUGGAAACACACUAACAGCCUAUGUAACCGCUGCUGGUAUCAUGUGCAUAACUAUGAACGAUCUUCAGGAAAAUUCCAUUACCAUUUUACUCAAUUCCGUCGGACAGAUUGUGGGUGUUUUAAGUAAUCAGGAUGAAGUUUCAAGAGAUCUACGGAAAACCCUAAAGGAAGUUCUUGAUGGCCUUCGAGGUCUCGGUGUAGUGAUACCAAGGGUUUUGACUAGUGCCGCAAAAGGAGUUCCCGGAAGUUUGACUGAAGCCUUUAAUAUGAUCACAUUGAAGCAUACAUUAUAAAGCAGUCAUUUAGACUAAAAAUUUAGCCCAAUUUUCUAAAGUUCCGAAUUUCUAAACAACAAGCAAAUUAAGUGAUCACUGAGAGAAAUCCGAAAAAGUUAAAAUAAUAUUCUGGAAAUCUUUAUUUUACUCUGCAGUGUUGAUCCGAAAUUGGUGUAAAUAUUAUGCUUUUUAGGUGUAUUAGGGGUUAAAGUUACCCUUUUUCAUAUCAAUUUUACCCUUAAAAAGAUGUAAAAUUAACAUUAAAAACUCUUGAUAUACAUACUUUUAAACCUAAAAAGUGUUAAAGUUAUGAGGAAAAACUGUUAAUUGCACCCCCGUUUUUCUCUCAGUGAUCUUGCUUAACCCAAGUAUUAAAUUUCUCCUUUGUAGAAGUAAUGGCAAUUAUGCCAUAUGAAUAAACCAUAAAUUUGAAGAAGUUUUAACUCAAAGUUUCAGAAGUGACAAAUGAUUAAUUGCAAACUGCAAGCAAGUUAAGUGAUUUAGCUCUCAUCUCAUCUCAGACUGAACUACACAGGUUUCCGUAAAAGUAUCGGAUUAGGAUGAUAGUGAAAGAUCAAUCGAUCAUUUAUUUUAUUUUUAAAUAAGUUGAUUUUAUUUGUAUAGGAAAAAGAAUACCAGCUUUCCCCAAAUAAUACACGUGCAAAUUCCUCUGGAGUUUUCGAACCUUGUGAUAUACGUUUAAGAACUAUGUAUGUGGUAUUAUUAAAAAAAAAGUAUAAAUAUAAGUAGUAAUUAAAUUAGAUAUAUAAAUUUACAAAUAAUAUGAAUGAUAAUUUAAUAUUAAUCGAAUAAAUUAACUAUUUUUACUGAAAUUCAAGAACUGCUGUAAAUAAUUUAUGGAAACUCUUUACUUAAAAAAAUAAUAAAAUAUGUUCAUUAGAUCUCAAGAUCUCAA